AUGACCAGUGCGAAAGGGUUGAUUGAAUACUUCAGGAGCAAUCCAACGGCCCAGACGAUACGGAUCGAGUCCCGCACCAGAGUGGAGUACCCUGAAAUCACAAUAUGCCCAGGCGUCACGUGGAAUUUCACCGCACUCAAGCUUACCAACGUGACCGGAGUUUCAGCUUACAACGCUAUUUGGAGUGACUUGUUUCAGGAAAAGUUUAAUAUUGGCGUCUUGGAAGCACUGUAUUUAUAUUCCUUGACGGACCUUUCCAAAAUUGUGGUUCUAUGCACUUUCCCCAUCAAUCCCCAAAAUUACGAAUAUUAUCGUUGUUCUCCUCGUGGUGGCUAUACCUGGAUAAAUGGGAGCCGGGUCUAUGAAACGGAAGACUCCAUCGAUGAAUCCGGCGACUUUGGCGAACCCUAUUACGAGAUCCGCAUCGACUCGCCGGACGAACCGUUCACAGCAGUGAGGAAUGUGACAUCCUCAGGGAAGACCUUCUUCCUCUUGGGCGAAAGGAGUUACAUGCUGAGCCUCUCUCUCAAGUACUACGAAUUCUUGCCUUCAGGAAGUAAGUGCAAUGGGGACGAGGAAUACGACUACAAGAAGGUAAUUCUAGCCCAACCCUAUCAGCUCUUCCGUCCCCUAUCAUUUCUUGAAAAGUUCACCAAGUACACACGAAUUGUGAACCGACAGUGUUUGGAAGCAGCAUUAUUGGAGUUCAUGAAUGGAGCCCCGUGUAUCAAUCCGUUUGUGUUACCAAUCCAACACGAGCAAGCAUCAAUGAUGCGCCUUUGCAACACUUCCCAAGACUAUAGAGAAUUUAUCAACUUUCACGAUGACGUGCAUGAAAAUUUUGAUCCUGGAUGUCCGAGGAAAUGCAAGAGGAUAACGUAUAACGCCAUCCAACUCGAUGAUCCAGAUAUUCCUCCUCCACAUCACGGCAUGAUCAAGUUGAAUACUCCCACAGCCGAAGUUGAGAUAGUAGAAGAGCAUGAGCUGACAUCGCUGGAACAGUUUCUCUCCAACAUCGGGGGAAUGGUCGCGCUCUACUUGGGAAUCUCUUUCAUCGGUCUCUACGAAUGCUUGGAAAUUUUUGCCGUGUGGGUAAUGUCCCGAUUCGUCAAAGCUCAGUUUCCACCCGUACAUGUAUGAAUUAGAUGAGGUUAAAAGUAUGGAAGGACAUCAACUCCCUGGUAUGACUGUCGUGCAAGGAGUAAUAAGAACAUCUGGAAUCCAAACAGUUCACCCUUUCUUUUAUUUUCCGGUAUUUUUAGCCUGAAACGACGGCAGAAUAAGCUGAAAUUGCUGCCAGUUUCGUGUGUGAGAUGUGGUAAGGUCAAAGACCUUCCGUCACACGUUUCUCGUCUGUACAUAUGUCGGAUAUUCAAUGGCAACUCCAAAAGUCGGACUGGCUAACGUUUCCACCUAUCACAAAUCGGAAUUUCUCAAUGAAACUGAAAUAUAUAUUUCAGUGAACGAUUGGAAAGUUGUUUGAUUCGCAUUCUUUCGCAGUUUUCACCUUUAAAUUCGUUGUAA